AUGGUCACAGAUGGAUUGGAUAGUGUCAAUGCAUCAGCAUUUCUCUCUGUUAAAGGUACCCAGCCACCUGUGAUAUUAAUCAACCCACCUACCCAGGUACUGUUUAAAGAAUUUCAGACUGCGGUACUUCCAUGCAAGGCCAGUGGUGAACCACAACCAACGUACACCUGGAAAAAGGACAAACGGGACUUCAAUGUGGCUGGCAGUGAUGACUUUAUCUCCACAGUACCAAACGAGGGAACACUUGUGUUCAAGCGACCCAGAAAAAAAGAUGCUGGCAUGUAUCAAUGUUUUGCAAACAACUCUUAUGGGGUGGCCAUGUCAGGCAUCGUUGAGCUACGGCUUGCCUUCCUGAUGCCGUACACCAAUCAGGAACCAGAGACCAUCACUGUGUUACCAGGGGCAUCUCUCGUCCUCCCUUGUAACAAGCCAAUCAGUUACCCUGAGGCCAACGUGACGUGGGUGUUGAAACACAAAGAUGGAUCAUUCAAGGCCUUUGACUUCACUGAACGAAUCCUAAUGGACCACCAAGCCAACCUCAUCUUUACUAAUGUAUUAGAAGAAGACUCCUACAGAGACGCUGCCUAUGUCUGCGUGGUUACCAACAAGUUUAACCGAGAAACCACACGGGGCAAACCGUUUUAUUUGAAAGCUAUACCAAUGCCACCUGAAAAUCACCAGCCUCAUCUAAUCAAUGUUGCCCCUAAUAAGGGGCUCUUUCUUAAAGGAGACACAGUGAAGUUGCAGUGUAUAUUCGGUGGACAUCCGACACCGGAAAUCCGAUGGUUCCGAAACACUAAAGAGAGAAGAAUACAAAUAGAGCAGAAUACAAAGUAUCGGUUUUCCAGCUCUAAGCAUCAGCUCAAUAUUCUGGAUGCUGGGUUUGAGGACGAAGGAAUCUAUGAAUGCCACGCACGUGUAACGAGUUUCAGCCAGGCAAUGCAACGAGUCAUGACCGUGAAGAUUGAAUCUAAGCCUGAAUGGACCACAAAACCAAGAAGUAUUGUGACCAGUGUGGGCAGUUCAGUUACCUUCAUCUGUAAUGGAACUAGCAAACCUCCCAUCAGUAAACACAUGUGGUACAUCAAUGGAAAGAGAAUUAACGAAUAUCCCAAUAAAAAUAAGUUUAUAGUACAGGAAACCAACCUGACUGUCAUCAACCUCACAUACCAAGAUUCCAUGACCAUCCAGUGUAAUAUCAGUAAUAUCCAUGGGUAUAUCUUCGCUAAUGCCUUUCUAUAUGUCUUUGAAUUUGGACUAACAGAUACUGGCGUCUAUCAUUGUUAUGCUAGUAACAAGUAUGGUAUGGUCUCAGCAAUGAGGACCCUUAUAGUCCGACGCAAGACAAAAAUUGAACCCUCAGCAUUUGAUAGAAGAGUGAAGGAAGGAAGGGCUGUAAUGCUCCCCUGUGCUGCCACAACUGACCCUAUGGAGGUGGACAAUUUGCAGGUCAUUUGGUUGAAGGAAGGAAAAUCCAUAGACAUGGAUGAGGGGAGAAUAAUUCAGAACACUCAGGACAAUUCACUGACCAUCAACAGUGUAAUAAUUGGAAAGGAUGGUGGCCGCUACACAUGUGUGGCCACAAAUGGAUUGGAUUGGGCCAAAAUGUCAACGUUUCUUUAUGUCAUGGCCACUCCUGCUGCAAUUACAACCAUUGUUGCCAUUGUCAUGUAUUAUCCACAAUUGCAGGGCAUUGAUGAGACUACAACAAAAGUCUUCUUCACAUUGGAUGAAGCCAUAACAUGA